UUGUUUUUUUUUACUUUUGCGCAGUUGCAAUUGACUCGCGGUGACUUGGUUGUGUUGGUGAUCGCAAACGAUAGACGUCAGUAGUGCAGAAAGACGACGAAGAUAAUCCCCGAGAUCCGUGAUUCUUCUCGACGUGACGAGUUUUGUCUGUUUAUACCACGUGAAACGAUCAAGUUUGCGCUCCCGAUCUCUCACCGUAAAAACAUCACGUAAUUCGCGCAUUGUCGAUUGUGUUUUCGUCAUAACCUCCAAGAUACGCGAAUUCGGCGCAAACAAAAUUUUACUUUCCCCCGCGCGGAAGCUAUAGUCGUCUCGAAUUAUCUCUCUGUUUUUCUCCUUUCUCUCUCUCUCUACCUCUUGUCUCUGUCUCUUUCCCCGUUUCUCCGGUUCUCCGUCUAUAUUCUUCUCUCUCUCUCGCUUCUGUUUUUAUUUCUCUGUGUUUCUUUGUCGCGUUUUCCUCGGUCUGUGUGUGUCUCUGUUCCUCUCCUUCUCCCCUCUUUCGUUACGAGGAGUCGGUCUCUCUGACGUGCGAGAGAAGUGCGCUGAAGCACCGAGGGGGCGACGAAUCAUCAAAGCGAAGAGAAGUUGCCUCGAUCGCGUGUUUGUGGAACGCGAUUUAAAGGCGACGUUUAAAAGGACUUUAAAAAAAAAAGUGGCACGGAAAAAAUAUUCUCGCUCUAAGGAUUAGAAAUAAAUAUUUACAGUUUCAAAGUUGGAUAACGGCGAUUGUGGUGCGGACGAGAAGUGCGGUGAUAACGAGCGCGCGUGGUGGUACGAUUCAAUCAACCCUCCCGUCGCCGAACAAACAGGCAAAAUACCGACCGAUUUCUAGUCUAUGAGUUCCAAGAGUCAGGGGGACCCUGGAGAAGAUCACAUUUCCAGGGUACGUGCGGAGAGUCCUUGCAGUGACAUGAAGCGUGCGGCUGCGAAGAAACUCAUUGAACGUUACUUUUACCAACUUACUGAUGGUUGUGGAAAUCCCUAUUGUGACAAUCAGUAUUGUGCCUCAAGUGGCAAAGUUACUAAUCUAACUCCAAAUCAAGCAGCUGCUCAAGCAAUCCAGUUGUUCUCACAAGAAGCGAGACUAUGUGAUGGCACACAACCCAGUAAAGUUGCACGAACUACCAUAGAACCCGGACAAACGUCAUUAGCAAAAAGUCUACCUGUAAAAAAUGUUAAUUCUACGAGUUCUGACGAAGGAAAACAACCAUAUCUCACAGAAGCUAAGCUUCUGGAUAUUAUAGAAAAAUGUAAGGCAGAAAGCUCAUAUUCUUUGUUGAUUCGUACUUUGGGAGAAGUGUUUUCUUGCAAAGAGUCAUUAAGCAUCAGCUUUCAAAAGACUGAAAAGAGCAAUUCUCCUCUCACGGCACUUCUUGAGCGGGCGCCCGACACUUUGUUGAGGCCUCCCGCUGAUAUGAACAAAGAGGCAGUACGAUCUCUUCAAGGCGAAGAUAAAGAUGAGGAUAGCAGUGAUCCGUCACCGACAGUUCCUAAUAAUGACGACACCAGUGUCGAUUUGCCAUCAGUUCGUCGAGCAUUCGAAGCACUUUGGUCUUUGCCAGGCGAGGUGUUCGAGUCAGCUCUGGUCAAUGCGCUAGUCACUUUGGCAGAGGACAUAGAGUUAAAUGUGAGGGUAUUUCGCUCAAGCUGGGAAAGCAUGGAAAUGUUUCUAAGAGCGUUCAUCAUUGUAUUUGAGAUCCCAAUGCUCGGAAAUAGCGAAUACUUGGAAUUGGCUCUUCACAUGUUGUGUAAAGCGUUGAACUGUUUGCCUGUGGUGGCCCAAGCCAAGUUGGCACGGGUAUGGGCCAAGCAUUGUAAACCCCGGCUUCCCGGUCUUCUUCAGGCGCUCCAGGAACUCAUAACCGUUAAAGUAAUAGGGGGAACUUUUACGCGGGAUUAUUGUGUCCAGGAUGCGGACACUAUCACCGCACCCACGAAAGUCAUGAAAAUCUUGUACUACGCGAGUAUGUUGGCCGGUGAAUUAGACAUACCCGAGCAGACUCUCGGCGACGAGGCCGAAUCGGGUAGCAGCGACAAAACUGGCUCGCGAUCGUCAACGUCAACGCCAUCUCAAGAUCCGCUAGCGACAGAAUUAGGAAUUACCGCGUUAGACGCGCGUAAACCUUUCAUACCGUUUACCGAUUUCUACAACGAGCCGCUUAGCGAUGCCGUGGAGAUGGACAAAGAUUUUGCUUAUUACAAAAGUGAAAACGACGAAAACGCAGAAACAAAGUUUAGCUUUAUGCAUUACGCUUUCAUUCUCACACCAGCCACUAAAACUCUGGGUUUGUAUUAUGAUAAUCGUAUACGAAUGUAUAGCGAACGACGUAUGAGUUUUUUGCAGACCGUUGUCGGACAACCCACCAAUCCGUAUCUCAGAUUGAAGGUGCGGAGAGAUCAUUUGAUAGAUGACGCAUUGGUAGAACUGGAAAUGGUAGCGUUGGAGAAUCCGUCGGAUUUGAAAAAGCAGUUAGUCGUCGAGUUUGAAGGGGAACAAGGUGUUGACGAGGGUGGUGUGUCGAAGGAAUUCUUCCAAUUAGUCGUGGAAGAGAUCUUCAAUCCCGAUUACGGCAUGUUCACCACUCAAGAAGACACGCAAAUGACUUGGUUCAAUCCGACGUCGUUCGAAAGCGACGCGCAGUUCACACUGAUAGGAAUUGUCCUCGGUUUGGCGAUUUACAACAAUGUAAUUUUGGACGUGCGCUUCCCAAUGGUGGUUUAUAGAAAAUUGUUGGGCAGGAAAGGUGCUUUCACCGAUCUGGAAGACUGGGGCCCGACGUUGUACCGCACAAUGAAAGAAUUAAUGGAAUACACGGGAGACGACAUGCCAGAAACGUUUAUGCAAACUUUCCGGGUGGGUUACAGGGAUGUGUUCGGAUCGUUGUCGUUCUACGAACUCAGGGAGAACGGCGACAACUUGUACGUCACCCAAGAUAACAAAAAGGAGUUCGUCGAUCUCUACGCGGAUUUCCUGCUGAACAAAUCCGUGGAGAAACAAUUCAACGCCUUCAGGCGCGGCUUCCAAAUGGUCACGGAUGAGAGUCCGCUCGCGUUGCUCUUCAGACCCGAGGAGAUCGAACAGCUCGUUUGCGGGAGCAAAAUAUUCGAUUUUGCCGAGCUGGAAGCGGCUACGGAAUACGAAGGCGGUUACACCGUCGACAGCGAGGCGAUACGUAACUUCUGGCGUGUGGCUCACUCCUUGCCGCCCGAGAGUCAACGGAGACUUCUUCAAUUCACAACCGGCAGUGAUCGGGUGCCGGUUGGCGGUCUUUCGAGACUCAAAAUGGUCAUUGCCAGACACGGUCCAGAUUCCGACAGAUUGCCAAUAGCGCAUACGUGCUUCAACGUGUUAUUGUUACCAGAUUACAGCACAAUAGAGAAACUGCAAGAUCGUUUGUUGAAAGCAAUCAAUUAUUCGAAGGGUUUCGGCAUGUUGUGAACGUGCUGCAUUUGCUCCUCCACUUUCUUCCUCAGUCUUUCGAAAUCAUAUAUUCGAACUAUAUGAUACAAGUUAUUUAAUUUCUGUUUACUUCAUAUGUCGCGGCUAUGCUACUCGGAACUAGUUGUAAUAUUCGAAAGUUGAUACGCCAACGCGCUUAUUUGUGUGAAACGUGUGAAACGUCUCACACCUCUGUACAACAAUGCAUCAAAGGGCUCCUAAACGUACUAAAAAAAUUAAAAAAAAAACCAAAAAAAAAAAAAAAGAAAAAUUCCAACGAAUCAACGAUCGAACUCAUUGUGUACAAAAACAAGUAUAUAUUCUUGAACAACAAAAAAACCGCGCUUUAAAACUUAUUCUUGCACCGCCGCAAGUAUAUCCGCCUGUACUAUAUGACGAUUUUUGGAUCUACGGAUGCAGAAAUGUGUAUGUCUUUUUUCUACUGACAUAAAGAUGAGCGAUUUCAUUCCGAUGAGAGAGAGAAAGAGAGAGAGAGAGAGACAUUGCAGAACGCGCAAUUUACGAUGAAUCACAGAAAAAAAAAAAGAAAAACUGUAUCGAAACGUACAGUUUGCGCGAAUGUGUGAUUUUAGUGAGAUACAGAGUGUGAUAUCAACCGAAUGCAUCUCGGGAGCUCAAAUACCUUUACAGUUAAUUUGCGUGAUUUUAUAUUCUGCAACUUUCUAUUCAGCAUCGAAGUGUCAUCUCUAACACGUCGUGUCUAACGUAACAAUCGCUGAAUUGUGCGAAUAAUCGCUAGGUUUUUCAAGUAAAGAUAAAAAAAAAUAAUAAUAAUUUGUCGCCACAUACAUAUCCGUUAUCUUUUCACUCGGUUCGUAGAACACAUGAACGAUAAAGUAAAACAAAAAAAUAUCAUCUUUUACUGGUGAUGCAUUUAAUUGUUUAAUUAAGUGUAUUUACAACGAUUGUGUGACGUUAACGGAAAUCAAUCAGAUAUUUUCUUCUUUUGCAGAAAAAGGAAAUGUAUAUGCAAAACUACUUGAGAAUGAAAAUGGAGAUAUUUUUCAUUAAGUUUUUAUUAUUUACUCUUCUUUCUCGAUUCGACAAUGUUUGUUUAUGAUGUGUAAAUAAUGAUUUAUUUGCAGACUUAUAUGUACGCGCCGCUUCGCCAAGUUUACAGACACAAAUUUAUUUAGCUUCCUGGAAAAAAAAAAAAAAAAAAAAAAAA